AUGGGUUUCAAAGAAUGUCAAUCCUUUCGAGACAAAAUUUGGCCACUAGAUAUCUGUGAUUCUGUGUUUUCUGUUUUCCACUUGAGCGAAUGGUUAGGGUUCAUUGUUGCUGCUUCAAUUGCAGCUUAUGCAGUUAAGCAGGUCAACGUUAAACGUCCUCAGUCAACAGGAAACGAUGAAUCUACUUCUGGACAAAAUAAAAAAGAAGAAGAAGAUAAAAAACAAAUUACGAAUGAAGAGGAAGAGGAAAAAGAAGAGGUUAAACUAAUUAGCGGUUUAAUCAAUGCACAAUCAAACACUCCAGAUUUUGAAGAUGACAUCUUACCUGAAUUCGAAGAUCUGUUAUCCGGCGAGAUUGAUAUUCCGUUUCCGACAGCCGAGAAAGAGCGUGUAUACGAAAUCGAAAUGGCGAACAACGCAAACGAACUCGAACAAUUACGGAACUUAGUCAAAGAGCUUGAAGAACGAGAAGUCAAACUCGAAGGCGAACUUCUCGAAUACUACGGAUUAAAGGAACAGGAAUCCGAUAUCGUCGAAUUACAAAGACAAUUAAAAAUCAAAACAGUGGAGAUCGAUAUGUUGAACAUUACAGUCAAAUCGUUGCAAACCGAGAGAAAAAAGCUUCAAGAAGAAGUCGUUAAUGGAGCUAAUUAUAAAAAGGAAUUAGAUGCAGCCAGGAAUAAAAUCAAGGAGCUUCAAAGGCAGUUUCAACUCGAGGCGAAUCAAACGAAAGGGCAAUUGUUGUUAUUGAAACAACAAGUUGGGAUUCUUCAAACGAAAGAACAAGAUGCAUUCAAGAAGGAUACUGAUAUUGAGAGAAAGUUGAAAAGCUUGAAGGAAUUAGAAGUGGAAGUUGUUGAGCUUAAAAGGAAGAACAGAGAGCUUCAACAUGAAAAAAGACAAUUGGUUGUUAAACUGGAUGCAGCUGAAUCCAGAGUCGCAGUGCUUUCAAGCACAACCGAGACAGAAAUGGUGGCGAGGGUGAAAGAGGAGGUGAACAAAUUAGCACACACAAAUGAAGAUCUGUUAAAGCAAGUCGAAGGACUCCAGAUGAACAGAUUCAGUGAAGUUGAAGAACUCGUGUACCUCCGUUGGGUUAACGCAUGUUUGCGAUUCGAGCUUCGAAACUACGAAACACCUUCAGGAAAAACUUCAGCUCGCGAUCUCAACAAAAAUUUAAGCCCUAGAUCGCAAGAAAAAGCCAAACAGUUAAUGUUAGAGUACGCAGGAUCAGAACGCGGGCAAGGAGGCGACACAGAUCUGGAAAGCAACUUCUCUCAACCAUCUUCUCCAGGAUCCGAAGAUUUCGAUACGGCUUCCAUUGAUAGUUCCAUGAGUCGAUACAGCAGUUUCAGUAAAAAGCCAAGUUUGAUCCAAAAACUUAAAAAAUGGGGGAAAUCGAAAGAUGAUUCGAAUUAUUCCAGCGCUCUUACUUCACCUGCAAGGUCGUUUACCGGUGGAUCUCCUAGGGUUAGCGUUAGUCAGAAACCGAGAGGUCCGUUAGAAGCUUUGAUGUUACGAAACGCAGGUGAAUCAGUCGCGAUUACUACUUUCGGUGUAGCUGAUCAGGAUUCCGCUAAUUCUCCAGAAACCCCAAAUAAUGUUGCAUCAUCGUUUCAUUUGAUGUCGAAAUCGGUUGAAGGCGUUUUGGAUGAGAAGUAUCCGGCGUAUAAAGAUCGACAUAAGCUUGCAUUAGAACGCGAGAAGAAAAUCAAGGAAAAAGCCGAUCAAGCGAGAGCUGCUAGGUUUGGUGAUAGUACUACAAGUUUCAAGCCACCGAGUUACACUAAAUCAGUGAGUUUGCCGCCAAAACUUGCUCAAGUGAAAGAGAGAGCAGUGAUUUCUCCUUCUGCUGAUGUCAUUUCCGGCGAUCAGUCAACCGAUGGAAAGUCAACGAGCAUGCCACCUGUCAGUAAGAUUCAAUUUGCCGAUAUUGAAAAGAGACCGCCUAGAACUCCACGUCCUCCUCCGAAACGCACCGGAGCCGCUCCUGCAACAACCGCUAAUCCAGUAUCUGCAGGUGGUGGUCCUCCGCCUCCACCUCCUCCACCAGGUGCUCCCCCACUACCGCCACCACCUGGCGGCCCACCCCGCCCACCUCCUCCACCGGGAACCCUAGCUAGAGGAGCCGGUGGCGGUGAUAAAGUUCACAGAGCUCCAGAGUUGGUUGAAUUUUACCAAAGUUUGAUGAAACGUGAAGCCAAAAAAGAUACGUCAAUCAUAUCUUCAUCUGCAUCAAACACAGCGGAUGCAAGAAGUAACAUGAUCGGAGAGAUUGAAAACCGGUCAACUUUCUUGUUAGCUGUAAAAGCUGACGUGGAAACUCAAGGUGAUUUUGUCGAGUCACUUGCAUCUGAAGUCCGAGCUGCUUCUUUCACAGAUAUAGAAGAUUUGGUGACUUUCGUGAACUGGCUUGAUGAAGAACUCUCAUUUUUGGUUGAUGAACGGGCAGUCUUGAAGCAUUUUGAUUGGCCAGAAGGAAAAGCAGACGCAUUUAGAGAAGCAGCCUUUGAAUAUCAAGAUCUAAUGAAACUCGAAAAACAAGUCUCUAAUUUUGUCGAUGAUCCAAGUGUCCCAUGUGAACCCGCUUUGAAAAAAAUGUACAAGUUGCUAGAAAAAGUGGAGAACAGUGUUUAUGCAUUACUAAGGACAAGAGACAUGGCUAUGUCGAGAUAUAAAGAAUUCGGUAUUCCAAUCAAUUGGUUACAAGAUUCCGGAGUUGUAGGCAAGAUCAAGCUUUCAUCUGUGCAAUUGGCUAGAAAAUACAUGAAGCGGGUUGCAUCGGAACUUGAUGCGUUGGAUGGACCCGAGAAAGAACCAAACAGAGAGUUUUUGGUGCUUCAGGGUGUGCGAUUUGCUUUUCGUGUUCAUCAGUUUGCAGGAGGGUUUGAUUCAGAGAAUUUAGAUGAGUCCACAUCUCCUCCGAUGUAUCAAAAGAUCGGUGAUUUUCUUUGGUCUUUAUCGAAUCUAGAUUCCGUCUAUGAAGCUAAAUUUGAUCAUCUGCAGAGUCAUAUCACUGCUCAAGACCGAUACAUUUCCGCUCUUGAGAAGUUAGUUGCAGAACUCUCUAAAGCUUCAACAUCAUCUUCCACCUCUCCCUUUCAAGCAUUUAGUUAG